CUGACCGCGGCGAGUCGUGCGCGUGCGCCGGUCUCGAAUAAAGCCUACGUAUCUUUAUAAAACACGAUAAUUGCGAAAUAGUGUUGUGUUCCAUAUAGCUUUUGUGUUAUUAAUUUUUAUAAUAUACAGAAACAAAAACAUUACAUUAAAAACAAUAUAUAGAAUGCAUAUACGCGUAAAAUAUUGUAAUAGUUGACAAAACACAAAUAUUAACAAUAAGUUUAAUGGUUUCUCAGUUCAAUUGACUUGACUCAUUCAUAGUUCGAAUACCUAAUUAGUGUGAAGUGCGUGUAUAUGUGAAAUGUGAUGUGAAAAUGUCAUCUGGUGUCUGGGAUCUGAUCGACUUGGUGCCCGUGAGGUGCCGGUGGAUCGAAAGGCUACGUCACUGCGGGAAGACACUCCUGAGGAGACAGAGACGUUUGAUACGAAGACUGAAAAAGAUGUACCUACACAGUUGGCGCUCUGACGAGCUAAGCAUGUUGGUGGGUGCUAAGACGACGGGAGCGACGCCACUUGUCAUCGCCUGCAGGAACGGGCACUACGAUGUCGCGGAAUAUCUCAUAGAGCGUUGUAAAGCGGACAUCGAACAGCCCGGAUCAGUAACAUUCGACGGUGAGACAAUAGAGGGCGCUCCCCCACUUUGGUGUGCGGCUGCGGCGGGACACCUCCCGCUAGUGCGGUUGCUGGUUCGUGCUGGCGCGAAUGUCAACUCCACGACACGCACACACAGCACGCCGCUCAGAGCAGCAUGCUUUGACGGACACUUUGUUAUUGUUAAGUUCCUAGUUGAGAAUGGCGCGGAUAUAGAAAUAGCAAAUCGACACGGUCACACGUGCCUUAUGAUAGCUUGUUAUAAGGGUCAUAUUCAUAUAGCGAAAUACCUCCUCUCCCUAAACGCUGAUGUUAACAGAAAGAGCGUCAAAGGGAACACAGCGUUACACGACUGCGCCGAGAGCGGAUCCCUACACAUACUUAAAAUGCUCUUAGGCCACGGUGCAACAAUGGAUGUCGAUUCUUAUGGCAUGACACCUCUACUAGCAGCUUCUGUAACCGGUCACACGCACAUAGUUGAACACCUUAUCAAUGCAGAACACGGGCUAGUGUCGCGACAGCAACGGAUCGAUGCCUUGGAGCUGUUGGGCGCGACGUACGUCGACAAGAGACGCGAUAUGGUCGGUGCGCUUGCGCUGUGGAAACGCGCGAUGGAUGAUAGGUUUCCAACGGACGAUAGUGAACCAAUACACAAGCCAAAGGACAUUCCUCGAAUAGAGGCGUAUGACUACGCGGUGGAACCUAGCAAUGCGCAACAACUGGAGGAAUUGCUAGCCGACCCAGAUGCUAUGAGAAUGCAAGCCCUCGUCAUCAGAGAAAGGAUAUUAGGGCCGGCGCACCCCGACACGUCGUACUACGUGCGCUACCGCGGCGCCGUGUACGCGGACGCGGGCCGCUUCGCGCGCUGCCGCCAGCUGUGGCACCACGCGCUCGACAUGCAGCGCGCCGUGCUGCCGCCGCUCUCGCCGCUCACGCAGUCCAGUCUCUACAGCUUCGCGGAGCUCUUCUCCUACAUGCUGGCCGAGCGCGCGCGCCCGCCGCUCAGAGGUCGUAUUGUUCCACCAGUGACUUUCGAAGACAUCGAUCCAGUAUUUAGGAAAGCAUUAUUAGAAAUAGAAAGAGGGAUGGCGUUACUCGAAUCAAAACUAAGUAUCGAUAGGGAAAAUACGUUGACGACACUACAGAGGGUGCUCGUGAUAUCACUCCACUUGGCGUCGUUAAUGGCGAAGCUGCUCGAGGAACCGGAGUGCACGGAGGACGUUUCCAAAAUGAUACAUAAGGCUGUGUACUCACUCGUCAAGUUAGAUAUUAAGGUGCGGCAGGGCCGCUCGGCGCUGCACGCGGCGUGCUCGGCGGAGGGCGGGCGCGCGCGCGGCGCGGACGCGGCGUGCCCCGCGCUCGUGGCGCUCAUGCUGCGCCUCGGCGCCGACACGCACGCGCGCGACGCCGACGGGAACACGCCGCUGCACCUCAUCUGCAAGCUGAACCCGUGUCCCGGUGAAGUGGUACGAGAACUGCUCGCGUACGGUGCACACAUCGACACGGUCAACUACGAAGGAGAAACUCCCGAGGAAAUCCUCAAAGCGACCCAACAGAACCUCGCUGCCAUAGUGAAUCCUUUGAAAUUCACGACUUUAAAAUGCCUCGCAGCGCGCACGGUGAAGAAUUACAGACUACCGUAUAGACAUGUCGUACCACAGUGCUUGCAUUCGACUAUAAUUACUCAUUGAAGUUACUCGUGUCACGUCUACUCUGUGCAUUGCAUUAUUGCGUCAAGUUGAAACUUUUGUCACUUAGUGUCUAGUUGUCUAUGAUAGAAGGAAUCAUCUUCGCGAUGUGUUCUAAACGCCAUUCAUAUAGACUUUAUAAAUAGAUGCUUAGAUUGAGAAUUGUACGUCGAAUAAUAAAAUUUAUUUUUUCACCACUUAUCUAUUAAAUUUUGACACUCGUUUUUAUAGUGAAUUUUAAUAGCGUAGUUAACUUUAUCGUAUUUUUGCCGUUGUAAACCUUAAAUUUUAGAAAAAAGACGGCCAUAUGAUGUUACUAUUUGAAUUAAGAACCCCUUGACAGCUGUCAGACUGACGGAUCUCAUAACUGUCUAUGAUAUGAUAUUUUAUCUGUGUUAAGGCGUAAUCCAUUUGAUUUUUUUAACUUGUUAAAUUUACUUGAACAUAAAAUAUACGCUACAUUAAAUAUUUCAAUUGUAUAUGGUGUUAUAAAAGAAGGAAAUAUCAAAUUAAUGUACAGAUUGGUCAAUCUUAUUAACAUUGAGAGAUAGAAUACGCUUUCGGACAACAAAAUAGCUUUCAUGUAGUUAUCUCGCUUGUUUACACAUAUGAGGUGGCAACUUUAGUUUUGAACAUUAACAAAACACUUAAUUUUCUUUUAAAAGAGUUUUUAUAUCUAUUUACAACACAAAUACUAUUUAAAUCUAAAAUGUAACUUUUAAUUAGACACAAUAUCUUUGAAUCCAAUAAUAUUGCUUCAAUAAAUAUGUAAUUAUAUUAACUUGUCUAUAUUUCGUAUGAUAUAUUAAAGCAGCUUAAAAAGGUAUUGUAAUUAUAAUGUAGAAAAAAAAAAACAAAUAGCCAUUUAGUUCAAAAAUAUCUUUAUGAAAGAUUGUAGAUUGGGCUUUAGCAAUAAAUAUUUGAGCCUUAUUUAUAUUUUUACUAAGAGCAUGGUAUUAAUUAGAUUAAAAUCAUAGCGAAUUUAUUAUGAAGAAUAUUCGGUGGUUUGUUUAAAUCCUAUUUUUAUAAACAUCGAAAUAUUUUAAAAUUUAUUCAUGUAAAAAGUAUAACAAAUAUUUAUUUUAUAUAAUAUACGAAUGUAGAAAAUUUUCUUACCAAUAUCUUCAUUAUGUAUAUAUUUAUUUGAUGAAAGAAUAUUAUUAAAAUUAAUUCAUAAUUAAGAAAAUAUAUAUAUAUUCAUUGUUCUGUAAAUUUAUAUUUUAUUAUCUGUAUUUAUUUUGAUUGUACCUGCAUAUAAUAUGUAUGAAAAUGUAUGUAUAAUGAUUACGUAUGAACAUUUCUCUCAUAUAUAUAUCACAAGUUACAUUUAAUUUACAGUUUCUGAAACGCAGAUCAAAUGUCAGACUAACUAACUUUAAUUGAAUGAUCAAUGGUCGGUAGCCAAUGGCAGGGCGACCAAUGAGCAUUCAGUACUUAGUAAAAAAAAUAACAAAGACAAAAAUGCUUAUCCAAUUUUUAUUAAAUAUUUUUCAUUAAUCUC